AUGAGGGAGGACAAACAGGACAAACAACUGUUUGCAACCAUGUUGAUAGGAGAAAGACUAGUAAAAUUUCAACUAGAUUGCGGAGCCAGUUGUAACGUAAUCCCCGUUCAGCUGCUAAACCUUGACACAGUGAUGGAAAAGACUGAACAGAUUCUGGUCAUGUAUAAUAAGAGCACCCUGAAACCAGUCGGAAAAUGCAGAAUAAAAAUAAGAAACCCGAGAAACAGAAAACUGUACCGGCUGGAGUUUAUUGUAGUGGAGGAAACCUCAUCAAUGCUCCUGCUGGGAAACAAGGCCGUGCAAGCAAGGGAUCUGGUAAGAAUACAGCACGAAAAUAUUAUGGCAAUUGAUGAUAUUGUUACCACAGAAAGACACAGAGAAAAGGAACCAUGGGACAAGAGCGACAUGCAUAGGGAGUAUGCUGAUGUAUUUGAGGGGGAUGGAUGUUUGGAAGGAGAAUAUAACCUAGAGGUGGAUCCUGCAGUGAAAUCAGUGAGGCUUCCAAAGCGAAGAGUUCCUGUGGCACUAAUGAAGCUUCUAGAAGAUGAGCUGGGAAGUCUUGUAGAGAGAGGCAUUAUAGCUCAGGUGGAAAAGAGCACGGAUUGGAUUAGCAGCAUGGUGGUGGUGAAGAAAGCAUCUGGAAAACUCAGAAUUUGUAUUGACCCAAGACCACUAAACAAAGCUCUGAGACGUCAACAUUUUCCCUUGCCCACCAUAGACGAUGUUCUCCCCAAUCUGACCAAAGCGAGAGUUUUUACAGUGUGUGACGUGAAGGACGGGUUCUGGCACAUAAGGCUUUCAGAAGAGUCAAGCUACCUCACUACCUUCGCAACACCAUGUGGCAGGUAUAGAUGGAUUAGAAUGCCCAUGGGAAUCAGCCCGGCUCCAGAAGUGUUCCAGCACAGGUUGACUCAGGCAUUGGAGGGGCUUCCAGGAAUUUGGAUAAUAGCAGAUGACAUCCUUGUCUGUGGGGAAGGCGACAACAAUGAGGCAGCUGAGAUAGACCAUGAUAUAAAACUAAGACUACUUCUGGACCGUUGUAGAGACAGAAACAUCAAACUAAACUUUAACAAACUCAAGCUAAGACAGAAAGAGGUGCCAUACAUUGGACACAGACUGACUUCCGAAGGACUAAAGAUUGAUCCAGAGAAGGUAAGAGCCAUAUUGGAGAUGCCCAGGCCAUCAGAUGUGAAGGGACUUCAGAGACUAUUAGGUAUGGUGAACUAUUUGUCCAAAUUUUGUGCACACUUAUCAGACACCUGUGACACAUUGAGGCAACUGACACACAAGGACGUGAUUUGGGAGCGGACUGAGGUACAGGAAGACGCAUUCAACAAAUUGAAACAAACGAUUGCCUCAGCACCUGUUUUGAAGUACUACAAUCCAGAAGAUGACCUCGUUCUUCAAUGUGACUCCUCUGAGACAGGCCUGGGUGCAGCACUUUUGCAGGCAGGACAACCAGUCGCUUAUAGCAGCAGAGCCCUUUCAGCCACAGAAAAAGGAUAUGCACAAAUUGAAAAAGAAUGCCUAGCAAUUCUUUUUGGAAUGGAGAAAUUUCACCAGUACACCUAUGGCAGGAAAGUAGAAGUACAUUCAGACCACAAACCCUUGGAAACCAUCAUAAGAAAGCCAUUGCUUAAUGCACCCAAGAGAUUACAGAGAAUGCUUUUGAGACUGCAACGAUAUGACAUUAAUGUUGUCUAUGUGCCAGGUCGACUGAUGCACCUAGCGGAUACUCUCAGCAGAGCGUACCUACAAGAGUGUGCUGCAGAAGGAUCAGUGGAGACAGAAAUUGAGACAAUCAACAUGUUGCAGUACCUACCCAUAUCAGAGGGGAUUCUACAAAAGAUACAGAGAGAAACUGCUAAGGAUGAGACAUUUCAGAUGUUGCAGCAAGUGAUAGCUCAGGGAUGGCCAGAGGAGAAAACUCAGGUGAAAGAAGAGGUAAGACAAUUCUUUUCGAUAAGAGAAGAGCUUAGUGAACAAGAAGGAGUGAUUUUUAGAGGAGAGAGAGCUCUAAUACCAGUAAAGCUGAGAACAGAGAUCAUGGAGAGAAUUCAUGCGUCACAUCUAGGUAUGGAAAGCUGUUUACGAAGAGCAAGAGACUGUGUAUAUUGGCCUGGGAUGAGUGCUGCUAUUAGAGAAUACAUAGGGAAGUGUGCUGUUUGCAGAACUGUGGAUAUGCGACAGCAGAAAGAGACAAUGUACGCACAUGACAUUCCGAGAAGACCAUGGGCAAAAGUCGGGACAGACUUAUUUUCAUGCAACAACAGAGCAUAUCUCAUCACAGUUGAUUAUUUCUCCAACUUUUGGGAAAUUGAUUAUCUCCCAGAUACCAGCUCAAGCACAGUGAUACACAAGCUGAAGGCCCAUUUUACACGACACGGGAUCCCAGAUACAGUAAUCUCUGAUAACGGGCCACAAUACAGCUCUCAGGAAUUCAAACAGUUUCGCAUAGCUUGGGAAUUCAGGCAUGUGACAUCGUCUCCUGCAUAUCCGCAAAGCAAUGGCAAAGCCGAGUCGGCGGUUAAGACGGCCAAACAGCUCAUGGGAAAAGCUACGAGAGCGAAAGCGGAUCCAUACCUGGCUAUACUAGAGCACAGGAAUACUCCAUCCCAGGGAUUCAAUACCAGUCCUGCUCAAAGACUCAUGAGCAGAAGAACUAAGACAUUACUGCUGACACGGGACAGCCUUCUGCAGCCAGGUGUUGUGAAACACAGAGCAUGCGGUAGAACUCAACCAACGCAAACAAGCCUUCUACUACGACAGAGGGGCGAAAGAUCUUAG